UCCUAAACCAAAGACAGUAUCUGAUUUUUGGUCAAUGGUUUGGCAAGAAAAGCUUAAUAUCAUUGUGUGUUUGACAAAUCUGAAGGAGGGAGAAAAGAUUAAAUGUACUCAAUACUGGCCCAACAGUGGCGAACAAAUAAGGACUGGGGAGUUUACCAUCUGUACCGAGAAGGAGACUGUCUAUGCAGACUAUGUUAUAAGAACUCUUCGUCUAGGUAGAAAAAAUAUCAAAAAAAACAUGGCAGUGAUGAUGUUCCAUUACACAAAAUGGCCGGAUCACGGGGUUCCUGAUCCACUAAGUCUCGUGAUAUUUCAUCGUCACGUGAUGCGGGUGUCUGAUGUUGUUCGAGGAAAAUUCAUCCUUGUUCACUGCAGUGCAGGCAUAGGGAGAACGGGAACGUAUAUAGCACUUGACGCCUUAUACCGAGAAGGUGAAAAGACAGGGAAAGUUAAUGUGCAGAAAUAUGUGGAAAUUAUGAGAAAAGACAGAAUGAACAUGAUACAGGGGAGUGAUCAGUAUGAAAUUGUCUAUUUGACGCUCUGUGAGUCUUUCAGAGGAAAAUCUAAAUGCAUGUCUACAGAGUCAUUUUUGCAAGAGUACCAGCAACACUCCUGUUACUCUAAUUCUGGAAAAAAUCAAACCAACCCAUCACUAUCUGGAGAAUUUGAGGAAUUGACAAACCUAAAAAAAGAACAUUCUCAGAAAGAUUUUGAAUCGGGACAAGCUAAUAUCAAGGCAAAUUAUUCACCAGCAAUUUUACCAGUUGAGGAAUUCAGAUGUUAUUUGGACUACGUGAAAAAUAGAGGAACAUAUUAUAAUGCUGUUCUUCUAAAGUCUUUUACUAGAAAUGACGCCUUGAUCAGUGCUCAGUACCCGCUUCCUGAUUACACGGAAGACUUUCUCAGAUUACUGACAGACUUUGAUGUCCGCUUUGCUGUAUUCUUAUCUCCCCUGAGAGAUAUUUCCUCGUCUACCCUGUGGUUUCCAUUCAAAAAACAGACAAAAACAUUGGGAUCGUUCACAGUAAAAUUUGCAGAAUCUUCAAAUUCCAACAAUAUUAACACCACAGAAAUUUUACUGAAGCGAGAGGGUUGUGGUAGUAUAAGAAGAUUGGCUGUAGGUGAAUGCAGGGCGUGGAAAGAAGGCUUGCCUUUAGAUCGCAGGGCGUUACUUGACGCGAUAAAAGAAACAAAAAUUGAAAAAAGCCUGACUGGAAGCAGAAUUCUGAUUUUGUCCAAUGACGGUGCCAAACGCUGCGGGCCAUUCUGUGUUGUUUACAACUGUCUGGAGCAAAUAUCCCUUGACAACGAAUUUGAUAUGUUUACCAAUACACGUUUGCUUCAAAUUCGACGACCGGAAUUUAUCUCAACAUUGGAUGAAUACCAGUUUUGCCAUGAUGUUUUAGCCGAAUAUCUUCAGAAUGAUGCAGUUUACGCUAAUUGCUAAAUGGACAUAGCUGCAAAUUGUUAAAAUGAAUUGAAUU